AUGGAGCAGCUCUCGCUGAUUAUUAUCCGGUUAGUCAUUAAGCUGAGCGAGUUUUCCAAAAUGUAUAUCCUUUACAGGACAAAUAUACUCUGCUUUACCCUGUUGAGUGUGCCUAUUCUGAAGGCAGUGAAUCUGAAUCUCCUCGUGGAGGAUUUCCAAAUGGAUGUAUCGAUUGAGCAAAGACGUCACGUGAAGAAGGUAUACCCUGGCUGA